AAUGCCCGCUGUUUACUUUCUAUAUCUCCUGUUACUGUUCAAUUUACUAAACAUUAUGAAAGCUUUAAUCAUUUCUUAGUCCAACUUUGCGCUAUUUUAGGAGGAGUAUUUACAAUAGCUGGGAUCAUAGAUUCCAUAUUUCAUGCAUGUAAAUAAUAGAUUUAAUAUUUUAGUACGGAAACUAAGGUUGUUUUAGAUUAGUGAAAGUGAUAAUUAAAUUAUUUAUUGUCAUACAAUUAUGUGAGUAUUUAAAUAAUAAUUUAUUAUAUGUCAUUAAAAGACUUUCAGAUAUUGCAAGAAUUAGGUAUUGUAAAUAUGCGAAUUAGGUGAGGGAGCCUAUUCUAAAGUAUUUAAAAUAAAAAGAAUCGCAGAUUAAUAGGAGUAUGCUCUUAAAAAAGUUAAUUUGCAGUCUCUUUCUGACAAAGAGAAAUAAAAUGCUCUUAACGAAGUAAGAAUAUUGGCCAGUGUAAGACAUGCUAAUGUUAUUCAAUAUAAAGAAGCCUUUUUAGAAGAAUAAUCUUAAACAUUAUGGUAACUAUUUAGAUGCAAUUAUUUUAAGCAUCGUAAUGGAGUAUGCAGAUGAUGGAGAUCUCUAUUAAAAAAUUGUAGAAUGUUAAAAGAAGGGAGUUCUUAUGUCUGAAAAUGAUAUUUGGAAUAUAUUCAUAUAAGUAUUUCUUAAUCCAUAUGAAUAUUACAGAUUGUCAAAGGUUUAAAAGCAUUGCAUGAUAUGAAAAUCUACCAUAGAGAUCUGAAAUCUGCAAAUGUCUUCAUGAAUACAGAUGGAACUGUCAAAUUGGGAGAUAUGAAUGUCUCCAAAGUUGCAAGGAAAAUAUUACUCUACACCUAAACUGGAACCCCCUAUUAUGCUUCUCCAGAGGUUUGGAAAGAUCAACCUUAUGAUUCCAAAUCUGAUAUUUGGUCAUUAGGAUGUGUUUUGUAUGAAAUGACAACAUUAAAGCCACCCUUUCGAGCAGAGGAUAUGAAUGGUUUGUACAAAAAAGUUGUUAAGGGUUAUUAUCCAAAAAUACCUACCAUCUACAGUUAAGAUUUAAGCAAUGUAAUCAGAGCUUUGCUUUAAGUUCAACCACACUUGAGACCCAGUUGUGACAAAAUUCUUUAAUUGUCAGCAAUAGUAAAUAGACUAGAUGACAAAGUUUUGGUUGAGGAGGAAGGAGCUAAAUUUUUAUUAUAAACAAUCAGAGUUCCUAGAAACAUGCAUUAUUUAACAGAUAGAUUGCCAAAACCUAAUUAUAAUCCAAUUAGAAUGACUAAAAUUGAUAAAUAGUAAUUCAUCCAAACUUUGGCUAUUUAGAAAUUAAAUUAAGAAAAUUUAGAGGAGAAUCAUUCAUUGCAUGUUGAUUUCUUGCCUCGUUUAAACAAAAGAAAUGAAGAGAGUCUUGAUAACUCGGUUGUCUCAAGAAAUAACAAGAAAGUGGAUGAUAUUCAAUUGGACAAUGUUAUUAAUAAGAAUAACUAAAUUAAUUAAAUAUAUGGUGUUGGCAUUCAUCCUAAGAAAAAGGAUUUGAGAAUUUCCAAUAAGUCUUAAAAGCAUGAUCUGAAAGCAAUAAGAAAAAAUGAGUUAGAUGGGGAUCUGAAACCUUUGAUUAUAAAAUCGUAAAAUAUUGUUUCAUGAUAGUUAUAGCCCUAAAAAUGCAGGUGAUGAUCGACAACCUUUAUUGCCACUCUUGCCUAGCAUUAAAAAAGAUGUUUAAAGAUAAAAUGAGGAUGAACAAUUGAAAAAGAUUAAACAAACUGAAGAAUUAAUCUAAUAACUAAAAUAAAAGCAAUAGAAACACAAGAGAAUCUAGAAAUUAUGA